AUCGCAACUGAAGCUCCGUAAGAAAUCCUCUAAAACCCAAAACGAAGAUCAGAGCGAGGCUAGGGAUUGAUGAUCGGAGAAUGGAGGCUGAGAGGCGUCGGAGUGAUGAAGAUCCGUCGGGUAAGAAUGGUGAAUCGGCCUCCCGUUCCAAGCGUCCCGGCGUACCGACAUUUCUAUCAGACCGCACAGUGAAGCUGUUAGAAGAGAGGAUAUCCUUUCCAAAUCUGUCCAGGCGUAGACAACAAUACAUCAAGCGUUUGAUAUCGGUCCCUGCUGCUGAUACUUCCGACGGUGCUCUAAGUAAGGAACAUAAGAUGGGGUCAUAUUUUGACACCGAGUUCCCCAUUUAUCCCAAUACCUUGCUACAUGAUAUGCCCAAUGUCGAGGUAUGCGGCAAACAAGUGAAUGUUUUAGAUUUGCUGGGGCAUACCCUCUGGGGUUUCAACAGUGCUACUGGUAGGGAAAGCUUUAUGGGCUCUGCAUCAAGCAAAACACGAGGCAAUGAUGAGAAUAAUGCUACACUAGACCUAACCGGUAGAUACAUUAUGAUUUGUUGCGUGUUUGUGCCUUUGCUAUGGUGCUCAGUGGAUGGACCGAUGGUGUAUCACACAGCAUUAGCUUCUCAUGAGCUCUCUAGGAGAGAUGAUUGCGGGCUGGUGGUUGUUCCAAUGAUGAGGGACGGUUUCACUCAUUCUCGCUCUGCCUAUCUACACUUCUUGUCGGGUUUCUCCUGCCAUGCUGUCCCUUUCCAUGAGUCUCGUCGACGUGAGUCCAUUUGCUCAGCACUCGGGUUUGAUGGCAAGCCCAAACUUUUGAUUCUAGAUCCAUCUCACAAAGUUCUUUACCAUGGCCCGCCCAUCAUCUUUUCUCAGUUUGGAGGGAAUGAACAUGACUGCUUUCCCUUUACACCAGAGAGAAUGGAUAUUUGUUUACGCAGCGAUUCUGUUCUGAAGGUUCUCUCCAUCAAUGAUCUUUUGGGCCUCAGUGACACUGAUGUUCUAUUCAAUAUUUUCAAGGAUGCUCAGAUUACCAUUUCCAAACUUAAACAGAAAUUUGUGUGGCUUUACGUGUGCUCUGAUUGCACAAGUUUAAGGAAGGUUCGGGAGGUUCACCAGGAAUGUAAACAGCAAAAUUAUGAGCUGGAGAUUGUCGUGGUUUGCUGCCCCUUCUAUAGGCAGGUGCCCCCACACUUGCAUGAGGGGUGGAUCAUUCAAGCUCUUGGAAAACUUAAGCUGCUAGGCUGGUUUUUUUCCCCCUUCAACAACACCGUAUCCCAUAGGCUAAGUAGAAUGUGUGAAAAUGGCAGCCAUGAGGAAGGUCUUUUAAUAGUGGAUCCCAUUGAGAAUUAUGUGGAUCCCUAUGGAUUAUCAAUCAUUCGUGACUUCGGCAUGGAUGGUUAUCCCUUCACCAGGAGGAAUUUGGUUGAGAAGGAGUUUCAAAGGAUAAUGGGACUGAGAUUGAACUCAUUACUUCUUCCAUUGGAAUAUGCUUGUCGCAAGCGUGGUUCAAGCUCCUUCGUUAGGGUUCGUGUGGAAAAUGGGCUUAAGAACAAGACUGUUGUUCUUUAUCUGUACACGGAGGAGAAAUUUCUAGGUGAUAAACUGGCUAAGUGGUACAAAAAUAAUAUCAAAGGAAUGCAUUCAAAUGUUGUUGAGGUGGUUGCUGUAAGCAUAGAUGGCAGCCGCACUAGUGAUAAACACUUGAUGGAAAAGGGGUGGUUGGUAUGCCGUGCAGACUCAUCCAAGGCAGCUAAACUCUGUGAUGAAUACUUCCAUCCUCUAUGCGGGCGACACGAGACUCUUGUUGCAUUUGGUAAAGAUGGCCUGAUCCAAUCUAUGGGUCCGAAUCACAUUUUGAAGUGUCGAGCUCCUCCUUUCCAUGGCAAGCUACGUGAAGAGAUUGCUCAGAAAUUUGAAGACGCUGGGUUUCAACGGGAGGCGCAGAGGUAUCAUGGAUGCUCACUAUGGAGGAUGAAUUCCUAUGAAUUGGAGAAGUGCUGUAGAAUGAUGAUGAAACUUUGGAUGCCACCAGCAAGGGGGAUUUGGGUUGCAACUUACGAAAUUGGAAGAAGGUGAACUUUUAUGAUUUGGCAGACGUAGAUCUUGGGGGUAAGCCAAUGUUUCAUUUCUUUAAUUUUUGAAAAAAGUGGUGUUGAUUUUUUAAAAAUGUCUUACUUUUUUAGGGGGUGGUGAUGAAUGAGAAGAUAAGGUGGAGAGAGUGACUUAUUUUAGAGAUAAUUUAAGUAUUUUACCCUUAAAAGUUUAUUAUUAUAAGAAACAAACAACUUAUUU